CUCGUCAACGCCGAACUUCUUCAUCCUUCUUCAACAACUUCAAGAUCUCCUCCAAAGUUGAUUGAUCGUGUCGAGUAACACUACAACUCGUAGGAUCACUCGCAUUGAUACUCUACGUCAACAAAAUCUUCUUUGCCCCUUUACAUCAUCGACCCCUCUCCCAAGAACUUCCCUAUCCACGUCGCCGCCAUGUAUGUGUGGAAGCGCGAUGGACGCAAGGAACGCGUUCAAUUCGACAAGAUCACAGCUCGCGUCUCUCGACUGUGUUAUGGACUUGACGCCGAACAUGUCGAUGCUGCAGCAAUUACCCAAAAGGUUAUCUCUGGUGUCUAUCAAGGUGUAACAACAGUUGAGCUGGACAAUCUGGCCGCAGAAACUGCUGCAUACAUGACCGUUACCCAUCCCGACUAUGCCAUCCUCGCUGCACGAAUUGCAGUCUCCAACCUCCACAAGCAGACCAAGAAGCAGUUCUCGACUGUGAUAUCAGACCUCUACAACUACGUCAAUCCUCGGAAUGGCAAGCUUUCUCCUAUGAUCAGCGAGGCCACAUACAAGUGUGUUAUCAAGCACGAGGCAGAACUUAAUUCCGCUAUUGUCUACGACCGAGAUUUCAAUUACCAAUACUUUGGCUUCAAGACUCUCGAGCGAUCAUACCUCCUCCGCCUCAAUGGCAAGAUCUGCGAACGCCCACAACACAUGAUUAUGCGAGUAGCAGUCGGCAUUCACGGUGAAGAUAUCGAGGCUGCGAUUGAGACAUACAAUCUGAUGUCCCAGAAGUGCUUCACGCAUGCUUCCCCAACUCUCUUCGCUGCUGGUACUCCACAAGCCCAACUCUCUUCAUGUUUCCUUGUCGACAUGAAGGAGGACAGUAUCGACGGUAUCUACGACACAUUGAAGACUUGCGCCAUGAUUUCCAAGAAUGCUGGUGGAAUUGGCCUCAACGUUCAUCGAAUCCGCGCUACCGGAGCCUACAUUGCAGGAACAAAUGGUAACUCGAACGGCAUCGUCCCCAUGCUCCGAGUCUUCAACAACACUGCUCGUUACGUUGACCAAGGUGGUAACAAGCGACCAGGUGCUUUCGCUAUCUAUCUUGAGCCAUGGCACGCCGAUGUCUUCGAGUACCUUGAUCUUCGAAAGAAUCACGGCAAGGAGGAGGUCCGAGCUCGUGAUCUCUUCUACGCCCUGUGGAUUCCUGAUCUUUUCAUGAAGCGAGUUGAAAAGAAUGGCGAGUGGACUUUGAUGUGCCCCAAUGAGUGCCCAGGCUUGGCUGAUGUCUAUGGCGAUGAAUUCGAGGCUCUCUACGAGCAGUAUGAGCGCGAAGGUAAGGGUCGCAAGACCAUCAAGGCGCAAAAGCUCUGGUACUCCAUCCUGGAGGCUCAGACCGAGACUGGCAAUCCCUUCAUGCUUUACAAGGAUGCUUGCAACAGAAAGAGCAACCAGAAGAAUCUCGGUACCAUCCGAAGCUCGAACCUCUGCACUGAGAUUGUUGAGUACUGUGCUCCAGAUGAGGUUGCCGUCUGCAACUUGGCUUCACUUGCCCUUCCUACCUAUGUCGACAUGAACAACGGCACUUAUGACUUCCAGAGACUUCACGAAGUCUGCCAAGUCGUUGUCAAGAACUUGAACAAGAUCAUUGAUGUCAACUAUUACCCUGUUCCCGAAGCCAAGAGAAGCAACUUCCGCCACCGACCUAUCGCCGUUGGUGUCCAGGGUCUUGCUGAUGCUUUCUUGGCUCUUCGUCUUCCAUUCGACUCUCCAGAGGCCAAGCACCUCAACAUUCAAAUCUUCGAGACCAUCUACCAUGCCGCACUCACUGCUUCAGUUGAGCUUGCCAAGGUUGAUGGCACUUAUGAGACAUUUGAGGGUUCUCCUGCCUCCAAGGGCGAGUUGCAGUAUGAUAUGUGGGGUGUUACUCCAACAGAUCUCUGGGAUUGGGACAGCUUGAAGCAGAAAAUCAAGCAACAUGGUCUUCGCAAUAGCUUGCUUGUCGCUCCUAUGCCAACUGCCAGCACCAGUCAAAUUCUUGGCUUCAAUGAGUGCUUUGAGCCAUAUACGUCCAACAUCUACUCUCGUCGUGUUCUUGCUGGCGAGUUCCAAGUCGUCAACCCAUGGUUGCUCAAGGAUCUUGUUGACAUGGGUCUCUGGUCUGACAACAUGAAGAACCGUAUCAUUGCCGAUGGUGGAUCGAUUCAGAACAUCCCCAACAUCCCAGCUGAUAUCAAGGCUCUUUACAAGACCGUUUGGGAAAUCUCACAGCGAACCAUCGUCCAAAUGGCCGCUGACCGUGGUGCUUACAUUGACCAAUCACAAUCGAUGAACAUUCACAUGAAGGAUCCCACAAUGGGCAAGAUCACCAGUAUGCACUUCGCUGGCUGGAAGUUGGGUCUGAAAACUGGCAUGUACUAUCUCCGUACCAUGGCUGCUUCAGCUCCUAUCCAGUUUACUGUCGACCAAGAAGCUCUUCUCGUUGCUGAUACCAACGUUGCUCGUGAGAGACCUGCUAAGAAGCGUCCAUCCACUGGCUACAUUACUCAAUCUCCUGGUCCUCAACCAUUGUACCGCAACAAGACCCCAAUCAGUGCCCCAAACGGAGUUCCGACGCCGACGACAACUCCUCCGCCGGCGUCUGAGAACAAGAAGUUCAAUCCAGCUGCUGUUGUUAAGCCUCCUACAUUCAAGGCUGAUGUUCCCGAAGGUGAUAGCCCCAAGUCUUUGGCUACUGAGCCAACAACCGUUCCACCAAAAGAGGAAGAGCUUCCCGAACCUGCUAUCGAGAAGACCAAGCAAGAAGAGGAUACCAAGGAAGAGAGUGAUGAUAGAGAGCAUGAUAUCUAUGCCGAGGCUGCUCUGCAGUGCAGCAUUGACAACAGAGAGGAGUGCUUGAUGUGCUCUGGUUAGACUACAUGAUCGUUGACGACGUAUAUAAUGCUGCAUGCUCACGCACUUGAUGUUUUCUUUUCCUUGGGUUGGAGUUCAUACCUUUACUGAGUGUUUUCUGUUUCUUGCAUGAUGGGAGGGGUCGGG